AUGAACAUCUUCAAUAAAAAGAGUCAGACAUUCAAACCAAAAAAGAAUAUUCAAGAGGGAUCGAAGCAAUAUCAAUUGAAACAAUAUGCAGAGGCAACACUUGGCAGUGGAAAUCUGAGGUUGGCAGUCUCGUUGCCCGCCGGUGAAGAUCUCAAUGAGUGGCUGGCGGUCAAUACAGUGGAUUUCUUCAAUCAGAUCAAUAUGUUGUACGGUACGAUCACAGAGUUUUGCACACCGUCAGAGUGUCCGGUGAUGUCGGCCGGCAACAAAUAUGAAUAUCACUGGGCCGACGGAACCACCGUGAAGAAGGCCAUCAAGGUGUCGGCACCAGAGUACGUCGACUACCUGAUGACCUGGGUGCAAUCGCAGCUCGACGACGAAACUAUAUUCCCUUCAAAGAUCGGUGUCAUGUUCCCAAAGAACUUCCAAUCGAUCGUCAAGACCAUUUUCAAGCGUUUGUUCCGUGUCUACGCACACAUCUAUCACUCUCACUUCCAAAAGAUCGUCAACCUCGGUGAGGAAGCUCAUCUCAACACCUCUCUCAAACACUUUAUCUUUUUCAUUCAAGAGUUUAACUUGGUAGACAAGAAAGAAUUAGGUCCUCUAGCUGAAUUAAUAGAUACUUUAAUUAAGAAUUAA